AUGCACGAAACUGCCUUGCACCUCCUGUGUAUCUCACGCGCAUUCCUUGAAGAAGCCACAAGCGAACAACGUUGGAAGAAACGCGAUGCAACAACAGGAAGCGCACACCGAUUCCCAGAGUCGGAGCCAGACACUGCCAAAAGUACGAAGAUGCUAGAUGCGUUACCCAAGAUCAAGGUCUCAGACCCCGCAAGGCAGACUCCAGCAUGCCCCUUUGAAAAACAAGAGACUGGAUCUGCGUCUAUUGACGGCUCACCGUCGAACAAGAAGCUGGCCGCCAAAUUUCGGAAUUCUACCUUGACACUCGCACAGGCGAAUGACGCACAAAAUGGACUUGAUAGCAAUGGAAGGAGAGUAUCGGACGCCGCUAUAGAUCCAUUGUCGCACCAAAUUCUUCAACGAACGAAUACAUCGCCGGCUGGACAGAAGCUACGACUACAGGGUACGGACGUGGGUUUGAGUCAAAGCCCAGCGUUGCAUACAGAGAUGAACGCGGACAAUAAUAAGCAUAGUGGAGAGGCAUCCCGCGAGCUCAACGUGGCGCCCAGGGCCGAUAAGAAAAAAGGAGUUUCAUUUCUCAGUCGCUUUAUAGGCACCAACAAAAAGAAAAGUACAGUCAAUGGAACGAACGAGAAUGGUUCAGAUGCCGGAGACCUGCGACCAGAAGGUAUGGACGCCCAAUUAUACGUCGACAAUGUUAGUUUCAAUCCCAAGAUUCCACAUCCACCAGCCUACAUCAAAGUCCGGGCCAAAUUCAAGAAAGACAAAGAGUUCGAUCACGUGUUUCUUGCGCAGGAGUUGCGAUCUGGCUCGGGCAAGACCAAUGCUCCUGUGGCGGGAAUGAAUCCGGCCCCUCAAUCUGGAUCAGCAGCAAAAAACAAUCCCAUCUGGGCUAUCGAAUUCAGUAAGGAUGGCAAGUACCUCGCAGCAGGUGGACAGGACAGAGUUGUACGGGUUUGGGCUGUGUUAGCGAAUCCUGAGGAACGCCAAUCACAUGGCGGUCAUGAGAAUGAGGGGGAAGGAAAUCGCCUCAGUGCACCUGUAUUCCAGCAAAAGGCUGUUCGAGAGUAUCAUGGCCACACUUCCACAAUCCUGGAUCUGAGUUGGAGCAAGAACAACUUCUUGCUCUCUUCAUCGAUGGACAAGACGGUCCGACUGUGGCAUGUCAGUCGCGAGGAGAAUCUUUGUACAUUCAAACAUUCAGAUUUCGUCCCAUCGAUACAAUUUCACCCCACAGACGAUCGAUUCUUCCUUGCUGGCUCUCUCGAUGCGAAGCUGCGAUUAUGGAGCAUACCAGACAAAAGCGUGGCCUAUUCGACUACAGCCCCGGAUAUGAUCACCGCUGUGAGUUUCACGCCAGAUGGUAAGACUUGCAUAGCGGGUACCCUUGGCGGACUCUGCAUGUUCUAUGAUACGGAGGGCUUGAAGUGGCAGGCUCAACUCCAUGUCAAGUCAACACGUGGACAGAAUGCCAAAGGCAGCAAAGUCACGGGUAUACAAGCGACAUAUUGGCCUCCAGGUAGUGAAAGUGGGGAAGUCAAACUUCUGGUAUCCAGCAAUGAUUCAAGAAUACGGGUAUACAACCUCAAAGAUAAGAGCUUGGAAAUGAAAUUCCGUGGGCAUGAAAAUAAUUCUAGCCAGAUAAAAGCGACUUUCGCUGGUUGCGGCGGUCAUAUCAUCUGCGGCAGUGAAGACCGCAAAGCGUACAUUUGGUCUACAGCCACUCCUGAGGGCGACAAGCGGGAGCAGCGGCCGGUGGAGAUGUUCGAGGCUCACAGCUCAAUUACGACUUGCACAAUUGUAGCGCCAAUCCAGACAAGACGGCUGCUGAGUGCAUCAGAAGACCCAAUUUUCGAUCUCUGCAAUCCACCGCCAGUCACCCUCGUGUCGCGUGCCGCGUCUGUUGUAUCUUCGCGGGCGCCAACAGAAGCAGGCUCGGCAGCUCCAAACCCAGCACAUGUCGACUCAACGUUCAGGAAAGCCGCAGAAAGUCCAGCGUACAUCUCUAAAUCCGCUCAUCAUGGCGGCAACAUCAUCGUCACAGCCGACUAUACUGGUGCGAUCAAAGUUUUCCGCCAGGACUGUGCCUUCCACAAACGCAUCCGCCGAAGCGAAGCUUGGGACACUACCUCCAUGCGACCCAGUAGUAUCCUCUCUAGAACCAACAAAACGAGAAGAGAUAGUGCUUCCACUCAACCAUCCGACGACCGCAUCAUGACAUGGCGCCAAGGCAUCUCCAAUGGUAGUUUCGACUCCCACACCUCCAUCCCCCGUCGCAGCAAUUCGACUCCCAAGCACUUGGUAAAUCUUAGCAUGCGCUCCCUCGACUCUUCCAUCUUCGGUCCAAUGCGCGCUCCAACACAAGAUACUCCUCUCGGGACACCCAAAGACUCAUUAUCUGUCGAUCGGGCCGCAUCUGUACAUAGCGCUUCGCAAACAGAAUCUGACGAGUCAGAAUCCUCUGUUGAAGAGAAAUCCCCACCAAAUGGGAGGCUGGAUCGGGGCCCAGAGGCGAAUCCGCUCGCGGUAUAUGGAGGCCAGAGUUGGCUGUUUUGGACGGCGAACCGCAAUGGUAUGAUGGAAAAUAACCAGGCUCCGGCUGAGAAGCGAUUGGGCUUGACGCCUCAAUUCAGCAAUGUCAGUCAGGUUAGUCGUCUGACUGAUGAGAUGAGUGGGGCGGAAGGGAGUGUGGAGGAGAGAAAGGGGAGGCUUUGA